CCACUGAAAGUCACCUUGGAAGAUCUGUACAAUGGUACUUCGAAGAAACUCUCUCUUUCUCGGAACGUUCUUUGCUCCAAAUGCAAAGGGAAGGGAUCGAAAUCCGGUGCUUCAAUGAAGUGUUCUGGUUGUCAGGGUACAGGUAUGAAGGUCUCAAUUCGCCAUUUGGGUCCCUCCAUGAUUCAACAAAUGCAACACCCUUGCAAUGAGUGCAAAGGAACUGGUGAGACCAUCAAUGAGAAAGACCGCUGCCCACAGUGCAAGGGGGAGAAGGUUGUCCAGGAAAAGAAGGUUCUUGAUGUUGUAGUUGAGAAGGGGAUGCAGAAUGCGCAGAAAAUCACCUUCCCUGGUGAGGCUGAUGAGGCGGUACGUUUCGAUUUGUCCCCUUCUACUUCAUUUUCUUUAGGCUAAAUAUUGUGUUGUCAA